GAGCGGCGUGAGGAGGAGCUGUUUCUCAACAGCACGACAACCCCGGAGAGGGAAGGUGGUGUUCAGUGUUAAUGAAGUUGGUCUUAUGUCAACUAAUGGAGCAGAUGCGACGGAGAAAGUAAAGUCUGCAGUUAUUCACCUUUCAGAAACGUCUUCAACGGUCACUUCUAACCACUAUUUUAACACCACGACACAGUGUGCAGCAACAACGCCCCGGGGCUGAAAUUAAGCACUCGCUAUGUCUGAUGGGGACUAUGAUUACCUCAUCAAGUUCCUAGCCCUUGGUGACUCUGGCGUGGGUAAAACGAGCUUCCUCUACCAGUACACGGAUGGCAAGUUUAACUCCAAGUUCAUCACUACAGUUGGAAUAGACUUCAGAGAAAAAAGAGUGGUAUACAAAUCAACGGGUCCAGAUGGAUCUACAGGUAGAGGACAGAAGAUCCACAUGCAGCUGUGGGACACUGCGGGACAGGAGAGGUUUCGGAGUUUGACGACGGCCUUCUUUAGAGAUGCAAUGGGUUUCCUCCUCUUGUUUGACCUCACAAAUGAACAGAGUUUCCUCAAUGUCAGAAACUGGAUGAGUCAGUUACAGAUUCACGCAUACUGCGAAAGUCCAGAUGUCGUUCUGUGUGGCAACAAAUCUGACCUGUCAGAUCAGAGAGCAGUCAGUGAAGAAGAGGCCCGUGAACUGGCAGAGAAGUACGGAAUCCCAUACUUUGAGACAAGUGCUUCAAACGGGCAGAACGUCAGCCUGGCCGUGGACGUCUUGCUGGAUCUCAUCAUGAAGAGGAUGGAGCGAUGUGUUGACAAGUCCUGGAUCCCUGAUGGGACCGUCCGAGCUAAUGGACCCACGAACCCAGACCUCUCACAGGCCUCUGAUAGGAGCAAAUGUGCAUGUUAGACUAAUGAUGAGCCAUUUUGGUGAUAUGUCUGUGUUGAUAAUAGUGGUGAAAAAAUAGGAAGAUAACCAAGUUUAACAUACAUACAUACAUACAUACAUACAUACAUACAUACAUACAUACAUACAUACAUACAUACACAUACACACAUACAUACAUAUGU